AUGGGCGCCGCGGCGACCCCGCCCUCGGCCGCGCCUCGGAAACGAAACCGGCGCGGGGGCUGCGGCAGGGAGGCGCCGCGGGGAAAUGGAAGCCAAGUUCGGCCGGGAAAGGAAAGCGGGACGCCCUGGCGGGGCAGAGUCCUGGAGCUUGGGGCGUCCUCUCUGGCCUCUCCUCACCUUGAGGUCUGCGCCGUAAACAGCCGGCGCUCGGGGAGGAAACGCUUGGCCCCGGGGCCCAGGGCAGUCCAGGGCAUCCUGUGGACCCUCGUGCCCACUGCUUUUGCUGGAAAGAUGCUGAGCACGUUCAGGCAGCCUCUGAGCUCUCUGUGGAAGAGCCUGGUCCCUCUGCUCUGCUGGCUGAAGACAGCACUCCGGUUGCCAGGCACCGAGAGGAGGCAGCAGCAGCAUGUCAGGAAAGAGCCAGAUGAGACCAGAGAGGAAGAGAAAGAGGACAUCCUUCUGCCCACCACCCCCACCAGUGUCAGCUACCAUUUCACGCGCCAGUGCAACUACAAACGUGGGUUCUGUUUCCACACGGCCAAAACGUCCUUCGUGCUGCCCCUUGAGGACGACCAGAGAGGACUGCUCUUGCUUAAGGAGGCUGGUGAAGCAAAGGUAACAAACACAGCAGGGGGCAGACCAGAAUUAUUUGACAUAAGAACAAAGUAUAAUUCAUACCUCACUGAGUUUUGUAUGAAGGAAAGUUUCUUUUUAAAAAUUAAAAGAUAGAUGCAAGCAAAAUAUAGCUUAUCAUAAAGAGAUGUGAGUGGCCUGAAGCGUCCUUGGAUAGAAAUGUUUAAAGAUGGUCGUUUUCCCUCAGGUAAAUACUUGGACAUUCUCGCCUUCUCCUGUGACAGCUUUGACCAGCAAAUCAGUGUCCUCAUUGGCCAUGGCCAAGGAAAGAAGAACCGUGUGGAAAAUCUUCAAAAACUGAGAACGUGGUGUAGGGAUUACAGAGUCGCUUUCAAGAUCAAUUCUGUCAUUAACCGAUUCAACGUGGACGAGGACAUGAACGGACAGAUCAAAGUGCUAAACCCUGUCCGCUGGAAAAGGGCAGAGCGUCCAGGCUUGCUGGAAUCUGUUGGAAACUGUAUGCGCUCAAACCCUGUGAAAGACUCCUACCUUAUCCUGGAUGAAUAUAUGCACUUUCUGAACUGCAGAAUUGGAUAGAAGGAUCCUUCCAAAUCCAUCCUGGAUGUCGGAGUAGAAGAGGCUAUAAAAUUCAGUGGAUUUGAUGAGAAGAUGUUUCUGAAGCGAGGAGGAAAGUAUGUAUGGAGCAAGGCAGAUCGGAAGCUGGAUUGGUAAAGCUGUAAGUGGAACAAGACUUAAACCCACCAGUG